AUGGCCAUUGCAUGCCGUCCUGACAAGCACUUGGUCGUGGUGCAUGUAGAAGCCACGCAAGUGGAGCGCUUUCGGUCCAAGCUAGUGACGGCUGGCAACACUACUCAUGGCGGCGGCCUUGAGGUGGUCGUAAUAGACAGCCCGCUUCUGUUCGUUCAAUGCGACGGCCUUGACACGAAGGACAGCGUGGAGGACUUGUGCAGCCGCGGCCGCAUCGCCGCCCAUCGCGUCUACACCGUCACAAGCAUGUGCCACGAUCCAGCGUGGAUACCCCAGAGUGCGUUGCUCACCUCCCACCAACGCAGCAGCGUGUUCCGCGUGGUGGCGUACCCGAGCCACCUCCAAAACAAGCUUGUCCAGUUGCUGCACGACUACGGAUACGCGACCCACCCCAGGCAACACUCGCACGAACUGCAUGUCGUGUCCUCGGCUCUAGCUGGCCCAUCCUUUUAUUACGGUGUGUCGGCGGCAGGAACCAAAAGCACUCGUGACCCCACGACAGCGAUGGAGCGACCAUCAUCAUGCAUGGCCAUAUCACCAGAAGUCUCGCCGUCGUUACACUCACAAGUUCCUUGUCGGGCGUACUUUAAGCUCCAAGAAGCUUGCCGCGGUGGCUCGGUAUCGCUGCUUCCUCCACGGGGCUAUUUCCGUGCCCUAGACAUCGGCGCAUCGCCGGGCGGCUGGACUGAGUUUCUGUCAAGUUCUGGCGCGUCCUGUGUGGUGGCGGUGGAUCCAGGGAUGCUAACGAUUCCUGUGGAUGGGGUGUCCAUCAUCCACCUGAACAUGUUGGUGGAAGCAGCGCAUCCCAUUUUAGCCACCAUGGACAAGUUCCAUGUUUGCGUCUGCGACAUCAACGUGCGGCCCCGUUCGAUGGCCAAGUUGAUUCGCUCCGUCAUGGCCUUCCUCCAUCCACAUGCCAAAGUCAUCCUCACAUUGAAACUCGGCCGACGUCCGACAGAGGCGGCCGUGCAACUCGCGGUACAGGAUGUCCAAACAGAGCUUGGGCAGGCAUUCGGAGCAUAUGACGUCAGGUGGCUGCAUGCCAAUACCAUCAACGAGCGCACCCUUGUGGCCGAGCUCUUGUAAGGUUCCGCCGGCACAUAGCUCGUCUAAAGGUCGCGUCAGGGGAUGCGGGAUUCAAAUUCCGAAUUUAAAAUGUUCAAUUAAAAUAUGAUGGAUA